AUGAUCAUCCUGCACUCAGACACUUCUCAGAGAAAGAGGAAGAGAGCUGAGGAGGGAUGCAGCCAGUGUUUCGAGGGAACAAGCAAUGUUUCCAACACUGACGCUCCUGCAGGGAAGAAGAGGAAGGGGGCAGUGAAGCGGCCCAGGAAAACGACUCCUGGACAGAAGAAAGCCACCGAGUCAGAAACCUUUGACUCCUGCUAUGAUGUUGGAGACAAACUGGGUGAAGGAUGCUUUGGCUCUGUCUACGAAGGAAGACGCAUUUCUGAUGGCCUACAGGUGGCCAUCAAAUUUGUCUUGAAAUGGGAAACAGAUCGAUAUGUCUACAGCCCUGUUGAGUCCAAGGCCGUGCCUGUGGAAGUGGCUCUGCUGCAGAUAACGAGCCAGCCACCCGUCUGCCAGAACAUAGUUCAGUUAAUCGAAUGGUUUGACGAGCCUGAGGAAUACAUCCUGAUACUGGAGCGCCCUCACCCAUGUGUGGACCUGGAGAGGUUCAUGUUAAACCUUGGAAAUCGCCUGGAUGAAGAAACGGCCCAAGCUAUUAUGGUCCAAGCAGUGGAGGCAGCGAGCCAGUGCAGCACGCGAGGUGUCCUGCAUCGGGAUAUGAAAGGGGAGAACUUCCUGAUCAACACGGACACCUCAGAGGUCAAACUUAUUGACUUUGGCUGCGGUGACCUGAUUAAGACAACUGAAUAUGACAGAUAUGCAGGCACGCUUCUAUACUGCCCUCCUGAGUUUUUUGUUAGCAGGAAGUAUCACGCUGAUCCUGCAACAGUUUGGUCACUUGGUGUCCUGCUGUUCAGGAUGGUUUGUGGAUACCUUCCCUUUGCUGACCGUGCGAAGACCAAGUUGGGGAUUUUCAACAUCAAGGAUGGCCUUUCUAAAGACACUCCUCAGACAAAGAGGAAGAGAGCUGUGGAGGAAUGCAGCCAGAGUGCUGAAGAGGGAACAAGCAAUGUUCCUACCACCGACGCUCCAGCAGGGAAAAAGUGGAAAGAGGCAGUGAACCAGCCCAAGAGCAUAACAGAGAUAGAGAAUAAAGCCACCGAGCCAGGUGAGGAGAGGGAGAGGAAGAAGCUGAAGGAGACUGACAGAGCUGAAGGAGCAGAACUGAUGGAGGUUAGUGAUCAAGAAGAAAGCGAGUGA